AUGCUCCAAGUGUUGGUCUCCAUUCAAGCACUGGUUCUGAACGAGAAACCGUAUUAUAACGAGCCUGGUGUUGCGUCCUCCGAGUCGGCAUCACAUGUCUACAAUGAGAACGCGUUUCUUAUUACCUGCAAAACCUCCUAUCUUCUGCUUCGGAUCCCUCCCAGCGAGCGUUUCGGAUUCUCUCAGGCCUGCAACGAGUACGCGAAUGGGUGCAUGAGUGUUGGCUAUUACUCUUCUGACUUUCCUCGUCCGUCUAAGUCGGAUACAAGUUUCUCAGGUGUUCAAGGUGAAGAUCAUUGA